AUGGCGCAGCAUGGCCCCGCCCCCACCUCGUGUGAUGAUCUGAGCUGCGAGAUGGCUGAACUGGUUUCUCUUCUCAGUGCUGGCUUCACAAGUCUCGGCGCUAAAAAGGCAUUUCUGCAGAAGCUAACCAACGUCUUUCUUGCACUCGCCGACGCCGCCGUCCCCUCAGACAUCCUCGCUGCUGGCGGUGGUGUACCACAACAGCAAAACCUACUGCCCUUCCUGCGCUUAGUUGUGCUCUUCCGCUACCAGCUGCAUUAUUUCUUCGAUCCACCGAAGCACCUCAACGCACAGUUGCGUCCCCUGCUAUCUGGUGACGGCAAUGAGCACUGCUUGGUCUGGCAGUUCCCCGACCUCAAACGAGCUGUGGACAGUCUGCCGGAGGCUUUUAAGCCCGCGGAAACUGUUGGUCGCGCUGCCUGCUUUUACGACCUCCUUUUGCCGCAUUCAACUGUCGCGAAUGAUGAGACAUCGGAGACAACUGCUACCUCCUUGUCAACCAUCACCACCCCCCCUGCGGACGGCCUGGCCCUCAUAACUUUGAUCUCGCGAACUGACUACGACCAGGUGUUUGGUUCCCUUCUGCGCCUCUUCGACCGUGGUCUUGGACGUGUUCCACCACCACCGGGGCCUGGAACGCAAUCCAUCAUGGAUGCGAAAACACUGGUUUACGUAUACUACAGUUUCGACCUCAGUUGGCGCCUCCUAGAGGUCUUGCCGCCAUCACCGGACUUUGUUGGUCUCCUGCGUGACCGCUUUCAACAAGCUACGGGCGUUGAAACAGGAACAGCAGCCAACAGUGUGGACUGUCCUGUCUCACCUAAUCGGUUCAUCUACCUGGUGAUUUUGUUGGACCGACUGCGUCGUUUCGCCACUGCGCCCUAUUUUGACCUGCAGAAACGCACAGCCAGUCUGGUGCAGCUGAAGCCUGCCCCUGGCAUCUGGUCUUUCUCCACAUCUAAGGAGAUGAUGGACUUCAAGCCGGCCAACACAUCUUCUACGCUAUCCAAAUUUAAGCCAAAUGUGCGCUGCAUGGAGAUGAUUGCGAACCAGGUUUUUAAGGCCCAAUGCUCGCGCACCGCCACCUCCAACAAACCUGCGCUGUUUUCCAGUACUGACGAGACAGAGGCCUUCUUCGGUAGUCUACGAAAUCAUUCUGUCCAAUCAGUACUGCUUUUAGAAGAGGGCUACACUCUGUUGGAAGAUUUCAAAGGUGAGUUGUCCACAGAGAAGCUGGUGCAGGUAUCACUAGGUCGUCUCAUCUACUUGAGCGGUACGCUGGACGUAUUUUAUGCCCUCAUCACCAGACUGCGAGCGGAGUUGGCGUCCGCGGACUCGCAGCAGGUGACUUCAAGCGCCGCCACCGCCAAACGG